CUCUCUCCCGCCCCUAUAAAUCCACCCUCUUCCCCACAUCUCCACCACCACAGCCCCCUCCCAAGAUCUCCCCACAUUCAACUACAAAAAAUGUCGUCGAAGCCAGCGAGCAAAGUGGUGCCGCCGCUCAAAGACGAGCUCGACAUCGUGAUCCCGACGAUCCGCAACCUGGACUUCCUCGAGAUGUGGAGGCCCUUCUUCGAGCAGUACCACCUCAUCAUCGUUCAAGACGGUGACCCCUCGAAGAAGAUCCACGUCCCCGAGGGCUUCGACUACGAGCUCUACAACCGCAACGACAUCAACCGGAUCCUCGGCCCCAAGGCCUCCUGCAUCUCCUUCAAGGACUCCGCUUGCCGCUGCUUCGGAUUCCUCGUUUCUAAGAAGAAAUACAUCUUCACCAUUGACGACGAUUGCUUCGUAGCCAAGGAUCCAAGUGGGGAACAGAUCAAUGCGUUGGCUCAGCACAUUAAUAACCUGCUGACUCCAGCCACACCAUUCUUCUUCAACACAUUGUACGACCCCUACAGAGAGGGUGCGGACUUUGUCCGCGGCUACCCUUUCAGCAUGAGGGAAGGAGCGCAAACUGCUGUCUCCCAUGGGCUCUGGCUCAACAUCCCUGACUAUGACGCCCCAACCCAGCUUGUCAAGCCUCGCGAGCGCAACACUAGGUAUGUUGACGCUGUCCUGACGAUUCCCAAGGGAACCCUUUUCCCUAUGUGCGGGAUGAACCUUGCAUUCGACAGGGAGCUCAUUGGUGCUGCCAUGUACUUUGGGCUCAUGGGCGAUGGCCAGCCGAUCGGGAGAUACGACGACAUGUGGGCUGGCUGGUGCACUAAGGUGAUCACUGACCAUUUGGGUCUGGGGGUGAAGACGGGGCUCCCUUAUAUCUGGCACAGCAAGGCUAGCAACCCGUUUGUGAAUCUGAAGAAGGAAUACAAAGGGAUCUACUGGCAAGAGGAUAUCAUCCCCUUCUUCCAAUCUAUCGUUCUCUCCAAGGAAAGCAUGACCGUGCAGCAAUGCUACAUUGAGCUGUCGAAGCUGGUGAGAGAGAAGCUCGGCCCUAUUGAUCCCUACUUCCUGAAGCUGGCUGAUGCUAUGGUCACCUGGAUUGAGGCAUGGGACGAGCUCAACUCUGCUGCGUCCGCUGCCCCUGCUGCUACUGAUGCUGCCAAGAAGGAUGCUUCUUCUUCUACCAAGAAGAAGUAGAGAGGGAUAGAGAUUACUUCUUAAAUUAUUUCACUCACUUCCAACUCUCCACAUUUUUACUUGCAUUCUGUCUGUUUUAUUUUCAUAUUUGUAUUCUAGAAGUUGAGUUAUCUCUUUUCACGGCACAGUGAUCAUAAAUUACACCAUCUAUUGGUUAUAAAACUUUAUACUACUGCAUUUGAGCUUCAA